AGUGCCACUGAUACUACGCCGCAAUACAGGCUGACGUCUUUCGGUUUUGGUUGGAAACAGUUGUCAUAGAAACGCCAAAGACGCCGUAGAGUGUAAGCUUAUGUUCGCCCCGCACCUGGGCAGGAAAGAAGGCAUGUCCGAAACCAUAAAGGCAUCCCUCAAGUCAAAAAAUUCUAAAAGAAAUAUGAAAACCACUGAGAUUAAAAACAAGGAGCUGUUUCCUUUUAUUGAAGCAGAAUAUAUAAAGAAUCUUCAGAAACAAGUCUAUCUCCUGGAUCUAGAGACAUCUUUUCUAAGAGAUCAAGCUAAAAAGGCAACCAGCAUUCAGCCAAAACUAGCUUCUGAGGCUGAAAACAUGAUAACACAAAUGAAAGAGGUGCAGUCCCAUAUCAACAGCAUGGAGGUGGAGCUAAGCAUCAAAGAGAAAAGAAUAAAUUCUGUGAAAAGAGAGAAGGAGACGAUUCACAAUAACCUGCAAAGUCUGUCAGAGACAAACUUUCGAGAAAAGAUGGUCUUGUUGGAAGAAGUCACCCAGCUAAAGAAACUUGCAGAGGUUUCCACACUAGAUAUUGCACAUAAGGAAGAAGAGCUACAGAAAAUUCAACAUGAACUGCAGAGAACUAUAAACAAUGUAAAGGAGAAAGAAAGCGAGGUCCUUCACCUGCAGGCUGAGCAUCAGGAACAAAUCAAAGAACAUGAAAGUGUAGAGCAAAAACUCGCAGAGAAGAGGGUAGAAUACCUUAGGAUGCAGUCUGUUCUACACCAGCUGGAAGAAAAAUAUCUCACAGCUGCACAGUCUGUACAAAGCAAAAUUGGUUCAGAGUUACGCAAAGAAGCAGAGAAGCUAAGAUACCAGCUGAAAGAAAAACAAAUGUCUGCAGAUGAAGAUAAAUAUUUGCGAACCAAAAUGGCAGAAGACUGUAGUUGUCUAACCAAAGAAAAUGGGCACUUACAUUCCCAAGUUCUGGAAGCUACCAAACAGCUUGAAAAGGAGCGUCAGCUGAGAGAAGAACAAAAUCUGAAUCGCACCAAAAGGAUUUCCGAACUCACAUCAGGGAAAGAAAAAGAAAGGCAACUUGAAAUGACACUUUCUUACUGGAAGAGGCUUGUACAAGAUGAAAAGGAAAAAGUAACCUCUGCCCAAGAGCAGUUGCUGAAAGAACAAAAAGGAAGGAAAUUUGUGGAACUGAAUGGAAGUUCCCUUAAGAGCCAACUGACUGACUUAGAGAAGAGGCGCUCCGGUCUUCAGCUAGAGAACUCGCAGCUGCGUGUGGACAAAACCCAUUUGGUGGAACACAUAUCUCAGCUUCAUAAGCAGAUUGCUGACAGAGAUAAUGAAAUCCGUCGCAUGCAAGGUCAUGUGGACAGCUUGUGCUACGAUAUGAAUAGCUUGCAGCUUCGGAGGGAUGUCAGUGAGUCUUCGCAGAAAGAAGCCUGGAAGCAGCUCUCAAACAUUACUCAGAGUGUACACCAGCUUGCAGAAGAGAUGAGCCUCAACUAACCACUGUCUCAUACAGUCUGGAUUUAAAGAUAGGGCACCCCUAGGCCACUUGCAGAGCCCGCCCCACUGCUAACAACCCCCUCCCCCGCUCGAAUGCGCCUCCUUGCUCUCACACCUCCCUGCUCACACACACCUCCUGACUGUUGCUACCGAUCACCUCCAACACUAGUUCAUAUGUAGCCAGUGGGCAGCAUGCCGCCCCCAGAUUUUUGCCCCCCCUAGGCCCAGGCCUUUGUGGCCUGCCCACAAAUCUGGGCCUGGCCCUGUUAGUCCUACUUGCAGACAGUUGUUUUAUAUCAAAUUAUUUUGGAGAGAUUGACUAUUACUACUACUAUAUUAUGAUUAUGACUCCAGAUACAUAACCCUUCAGUCAGCUUUCCACUUUGCUGUGUUUAAAAAACAUAUAAUACAAAAGAGCCAUGAAUAUCCUGUAAAUAAUAAUGAAACUUGUGUAUUGUAAUAAACAAUGUACCCCCUGUUGUAAAAUAUAAGAAUAUUAAAAAGGCCUUUGGCGUUAUGCUUUUAUAUGGUCAUGGAACUCCUCAGUAACUUAUAUUAUCCUUAUAUUUUACUAUAGGGAGAACAUUAUUCACUAUAUAUGUGCAACUGAAUUGCACAUAGUGAUUGGGUAGGCAAUGCAAUUACAGAACAAGAAACACUCUAUACACGUACCUGCAUGAAUACAACUUUCUCUUUAAUUAUUAUUAUUAUGUUUUUAAGAAUAAUAAAAUAAUAUUACAGGUUUUAUUAGCA